AUGGCCGACGCCCAGCAGACCAACAAGGCGCACCGCAAGGCCCAGGCGGGGCCCAAGUCGGAAAAGGCCAAGCGGGCGAGCAAGCACCAGAACGGCUUCAAUGCAAAGGCGUUCAUCUCUGCCAACCCGCGCACGGCUGAAAAGCAGAUCCGGCGGAAUGCGGAAAAGAACCAGAAGCGAUACCAUGUGCCGAUGGCGGACCGCACGCCCGAGGACGAGCCGCCGCCGAUUAUUGUGGCCGUCGUGGGUCCCGAGGGCGUUGGCAAGACGACGCUGAUGCGCAGCCUGAUCCGGCGGUACACCAAACACACGAUUGCCGAGAUCAAGGGCCCGGUGACGGUGGUGGCGGGCAAGAAGCGGCGGAUCACGUUUGUCGAGUGCAACAACGACAUCAACUCGAUGAUCGACAUUGGCAAGGUGGCCGACCUGGUGCUGCUCAUGAUCGACGGCAGCUUCGGCUUCGAGAUGGAGACGAUGGAGUUCCUCAACGUGCUGCAGUCGCACGGCUUCCCCAAGGUCAUUGGCGUGCUGACCCACCUCGACCUGAUCAAAAAGUCAAAGACGCUGCGGGCCACCAAGAAGCGGCUCAAGCAGCGCUUCUGGACCGAGAUCUACGACGGCGCCAAGCUCUUCUACCUCUCGGGCAUCAUCAACGGCCGCUACCCGGACACCGAGAUUGUCAACCUGAGCCGCUUCAUCAGCGUCAUGAAGUUCCGCCCUCUGGUCUUCCGCAACGCCCACCCGUACCUGCUGGCCGACCGGCUCGAGGACCUCACCUCGCGCGAGGCCAUCCGCAGGGACCCCAAGAUGGACCGCACCAUCACCGUCUACGGCUACCUCCGCGGCACCCACCUGCGCUCCAGCCAGCGCGUCCACAUCCCCGGCGCCGGCGACCUCACCAUCUCCUCGGUCGAGAAGCUCACCGACCCGUGCCCGCUGCCGACGCAAGAGAGCGAAAAGCGGCGCAAGCUGUCCGAGAAGCACAAGCUCAUCCACGCGCCCAUGAGCGACGUCGGCGGCGUCAUGUUCGACAAGGACGCCGUCUACAUCAACGUGCCCGGCAACUUUACCAGGAACGCCGACGGCGAGACCGACACGCCCGCGGGCGAGGGAGAGCAGAUGGUCAUGGACCUCCAGGACGCCCGCGUCACCCUCGACGACCGCGCCGCGCGCGGCGAGCUGCGCCUCUUUGAGUCGUCGACGUCGGCGCUGCGGGCAGACGAUCCUGCCAGCGACGACGCCGCAUCGGCCAAGUCGAGGGGCAAGCGGACUCGCCGCGCCGCCUUUGACGACGUCCGCCUCGACGACGACGAGCUGGGCGACGACGACGAUGGCGACGAGGAGGAGGACGACGACGACGGCCAGCUUGACGAGGAGGAGGACGGCGAGGACAUGGACGACGACGAGGGUCGCGAGCGGAGGAGCGUCGACCGUCGCGGCCGGUCCCUCGCCCGGCCCAUGCCCGGCCAGGACAGCGACGGAGACGAGGCCGACAAGGGCAAGAUCGCCUACGCCGACAGCGACUCGGACAUGGGCCUCGGCAGCGACCAGGAGGACGCCGAGGAUGAGGAUGACGAGGAGGACGAAAUCGCACCGUGGAAGCGUAAUCUGGCCGGCCGCGCCGAGUCGGUCGUGCUAGCCAAUCGCCGGAGAAAGGCGGCGGACCUGACGCGGCUCAUCUACGCCUCGGACAAGACGCCAGAGCAGAUCGCCAGCGGCGACAUCUUUGACGACGACGACGACGACGACGCCGACAUCGAAAAAAUGGCCCAGGCCGACGACGGCGACGACUUCUUCCGGCCCGCGCAAAAAUCCAGCGGCACCGUCCACAAGGGCCCGCUCAACGAAGAGGUCGACGAGUGCCCCGACCAGACCCGCCAGCCCAUCGACGCCGCCGCAGUGUCGCGCUGGGAGAGCGAGAGGGUGCUCGACUCGAUCCGGCACCUCUUCAUCACCGGAGACGAGCCCGACAACCUCGAGGAGCGCAAGGACGGCAAGCGGAACGUGGCCAGCGACGAUGAGGACGACGACGACGAUGACGAGGAAGACGGGGACGAGGGCGACGACGGCAACAACGAGUCGGCCCGCGACGCUGCGCUGGCCGCCAAAAAGGCGGCGCUCAAGCGUCGGUUCGACGAGCAGUACGACGACCCGGACGCCGAGGGGGCGGGCGACUGGUACGACGAGCAAAAGGACCUGCUGGCCAAGCAGGCCGAGCUCAACCGCGCCGAGUUUGCCGACGAGGACGAGGACACGCGCCACCUGGUCGAGGGCUUCCGCCCGGGCGCCUAUGUCCGCAUCGAGCUGUCCAAGGUGCCGUGCGAGCUGGUCGACUACUUUGACCCCAGCUUCCCGCUCCUCGUCGGCGGCCUGCUGGCGUCCGAAGAGACGUUCGGGUUCGUCCAGGUGCGCAUCAAGCGCCACCGCUGGCAUCACAAGAUCCUCAAGACCAACGACCCGCUCAUCUUCAGCCUGGGCUGGCGCCGCUUCCAGAGCAUCCCCAUCUACUCGCUCGACGACGGCACGCGCAACCGGAUGCUCAAGUACACGCCCGAGCACAUGCACUGCCUGGCCACCUUCUACGGGCCGGGCUCGGCGCCCAACACGGGCUUCUGCGCCUUCAACACGCUGGGCUCGGACAACCCGGGCUUCCGCGUCAGCGCCACGGGCGUCGUGCUCGACGUCGACGCAGGCACGCAAAAGAUUGUCAAGAAGCUCAAGCUGACCGGCACGCCGGCCAAGAUCUACAAGAAGACGGCCUUUAUCAAGGACAUGUUUACCUCGUCGCUCGAGGUGGCCAAGUUCGAGGGCGCGCACCUCAAGACGGUCUCGGGCAUCCGCGGCCAGGUCAAAAAGGCGCUGGCCAAGCCCGAGGGCCAGUUCCGCGCCACGUUCGAGGACAAGAUCCUGAUGAGCGACAUCGUCUUCCUGCGCGCGUGGUACUCGAUCCAGCCGCGCCGCUUCUACAACCCGGUGACGUCGCUGCUCCUCAGCCCGGCGUCGCGCGCGUGGAAGGGCAUGCGGCUGACGGGCGCGGUGCGGCGCGACGAGCGCAUCAAGACGCCGCUCAACGUCAACUCGACCUACAAGCCCGUCGAGCGGCCCGAGCACCGCCAGUUUAACCCGCUCCGCGUCCCCAAGAAGCUCCAGGCCGCGCUGCCCUACUCGUCCAAGCCCAAGAUGACAAAGGCACAGGGGAAGCCCACCUACCUCCAGCAGCGCGCCGUCGUGCUCGAGGCCGACGAGAAAAAGGCCGUCGCUCUGCUCCAGCAGAUGCGCACCGUCCAGAAGGAAAAGGUGCAGAAGAGGCGCGACAAGCAGACGGAGCGGCGAGCGGUCAAGGCCAAGGAGGCCGAGAAGCAGGAGGAGCGGCGCGCCGAGAAGCGCAAGGCCGAGAUGAAGGAAAUUUACCGCGCCGCCGGCCUCAGGGAUGCCAAGCGGCAAAAGCUCGCCGCCAAGCGCGGCGGUCGAGGCAGCGCGGGCGGCGGAGGAGACGACUGA